AAUAUGGUGGCCCAUGUUUACGAUGCAAAAAGGUAACCAAGGGAAAAGUUGUGAAAUAUGUAGCGAAAUUAUCAAAGACAAAAAAUCCUACAGACAGGUGAAAUCAAAUGUAGAUUUUUGUCAGUUAUUUUUAGAACUGAACUUGGAAGAAGACGGUUACGUUUGCAAGUUUUGUGUUAACAAGUUAAAUAGACUUCUCAGAAUUGACGACGACAUUAAAACGAAAGUAGCGAAGUUGACCGAGAAACGGAAUGAGUUGUUUGCAGAAUUAAAAAAUGCUGUCGGUAGCAAAGUACUUACACCUGUCAUUAAAAAACGGGGACGACAAAAAAACACACCAACACCCCGUAAACUAAAGGUCCAUCGCUUGUUGUCAUUCCCAAAUUCUCCUGGAGCUAGUGACGUGCGUAACCCAGCUGAUUCCAUAAAGCCAUUGAGAGAUGAAUCAGCAGGAGAGAGAUCUCAGCAAGCUGCAGAUGUAUUGGAUGAACAAAUUCAGCCCUUAGUUGUAGACAGUGUACAACCUGAUUCACAAACUAAGUUAUACCAUGAAAAGGACUUUGAUGUCAAGAUCACAGUAAAGUAUGGAAGCAAAUAUAGGUCUUUAGUUGUUCAUGAUCCCAUCAAACAAGCGAUAUGCAAAGCUAUGUUCAACAACAGUAAAACUUUUGUACAUCACUUGAUGAAGACAGACCAGUACAAGAAAAUUGUAGUUCAAGUCAUUUGUAAGGAGAUACGCAAGGAAAUCAGCGAAAUUUGCAGAAAAAAAGAUAAUCAGCUGCAUUACAACACUGAAAUUAAAGACUGGAAAAGUCUUCUGCAAUAUUUCAACCAGCGAGCUCCUAUUACUGCAUCAUUGUUAAAAAGUGUUAUACCAAAGGAUGUUAAAGAGAGUGAAAUUGAAGGGCAUAAACUGAUAAGCCUCUGCACUGGGUUUUCAGUUUUGUUGUACAGCAGAAACAACACCCUAUCAAGACUGCAGUACACUAUUGGACUGAUAUUGGAUCAAUGUGGUGCCACCAAAGAGUCCUUGGAACAAAUACUCAGGUGAGGGAGCGUGAGUGGACUCAAAACCGUGGUUUGCGACGAUGGGAUCAUUAUGACAGUUGGAAAACAAAGAGCUAGGAGAAACGAACGCAGGACUCAGUCAGUCAGUGGCGGAUCUAGGAUUUCCGAAGGAGUAUGGAUAUGGAGGAUCACAUGACGAUUUUGUCGAACUUAGACUAGAAGUGCUUGUUGUAGGACUUUCAGAAAAAGAGCUGGAACAUGGCUCAGCUUCCUGUGGUGGUUUAGUAACACUCCGUUUAAAAUAUUCAUCAAUCUUCUUCAUUUUGUAAUUUGAUCGGUUUCACAACUUGCCGGAACAAUAAUAGAGAAAAACAUGCCGUAAUGACAACGGAUUAGACCCGGAAAGGUGUAACACUAACAAGAUAUCAGUACCAAUAGGGAGACUAAUGUACCGCAGACACUUAUUUUUCACCUAUGUUUGUAGCAUUUAAUAGGUUUUUUUAAAAUCAAAAUUUGAGAAUUUGUUGAUAAGCGGUAAAACAAUUUUAUCUCAAAAUUCUGCAUCAUAAAUUGAUUAAUCGGAGUUAAACAUUUGUAUAAGAAUUUAAAUGUGUUAGCGAGCAGCGACACCUAUGGGUAGAGAAUGGAAAGAACACACGUACUUUAUAUGCCCACCCCCGGUGGCUAAACAUCAUUAUCAUUAACGCAUAUUCACGUGUAAAUUUAUGCAUAAUACCGUGUACACCUGUAACAGGGAGUGUGGUAAGUAUAUAACAACGAAAAUUCGUGAUCUUAUUAAGUCAGCAAGUUAAACAUCUUGUGUUUGAUAAAUUAUUUUAUUAGUAACAGAUGCUUAGUGACCGCAGCACUCCAUUGACUCCAAUCCUAAAUAGUUUCAACACUAAUCCGCAGGAUAUCGGUAAAUGAACGAACUUUCACAUACAUUCAUUCCAAAUGAGGUAAACCUUUUUUCCACACUAGACUCGUUCGCUUUGAAAUUAGAUGCGAUACAUAAAAUUAAUGUAUAUUGUACCAGGUGUAGAACUAAAUUCAAAUUCAGUUAUCUUUUAAAUUUAAACAUAUUUAGUUCGAUUAAGAGUACGUUCGAUUUAAAAAGGCUAUGUUUGGGGGAAAUUGCCCAAAACAUUUUAUCUUUUACAAUGUUUUCAGGGGGGGGGGGGGCUUUAUUCAUUGGGUAGGCUCUUAAGGUGGAUCGAUCCUCAUGUGACUUAUCAAUAUUAAUGGUUGAAAGUGGAAAAACUGUAUUAAUUUCCCACUCAAUAUAGUUUAAUUUAAUCAAUAACCAAAGACAAGAGGCCCAGGAGCCUUAUAGGUCACCUGAGUAUCAUGUAACAACCUUCCAAUGUUUGAAUUAGGUUUGUGUUUAAAUAUAAGAAUUUUACUUUUGGAUGGAAGAAACAUUGAAUAGCUAUGUGGUCAUGAAGUACAUGUGUCAUUUUUAUGUUCAAUCAAUAAUCCUUUUUAAAAAACCUAGGUCUGAGACAUCAUAAAGAAAAGGGUUAUUUACUCCUUAGAUAAAACCAAUAUAAGAAGAUUUUCAAAGAAUUUCUACAUUUUCACUAUAUGACAGAUAGAGCCCCACCCUAACACAAGAACCCCUGCCCCAGGGGCCAUGAAUUUCACAAUUUUGGUAGAGGGCUCAACGCUCAUUAUAAUUAUGCCCACAGUUUGGCUUCUUGAUGUCCAGGAGUAAAGAAGAGUUUUUAAAAUUACACUCAUUUUGAUGGUUUUUGCCCCACCCCUCAGGUCCCAGGGGGGCAGGGACCACGAACUUCACAAUUUUUGUUCCCCUCCACCCACAUAUGCUAUAUGCCAAAAUUGGUUGAAAUUGGUUCAGGGGUUUCAGAGAAGAAGCUGAAAAUGUUCAAAUGUUAACGCACGACGAACGACGACGGACAAAAACAGAAGAUUUUCAAAGAAAUAUUGCAUUUUCACUAUAUAAUCAAUCAGCCCCGCCUUUGCACCAGAACCCCUGACCCAGGGGCCAUAAAUUUCAGUUUUGAAAGAAGCAUCCUUGAUCAUCAUUAUCAUACUAUUAGUUUGUCUACUUAAUACCCAGCAGCAGAGAAGAUUUUCAAAGAAAUAAAAUGCAUUUUCACUAUAUGAUCAAUAGGGCCCCACCCUAAUACCAGAACCCCUGACCCAGGGGCCAUGAAUUUCACAAUUUUGAAAGAGGCAUCCUUGCUCAUCAUAACCAUGCUAUUGCUUUGUCUACUUAAUACCCAAGGACAGAGAAGAAGAUUUUGAAAGAAAUAAUGCAUUUUCACUAUAUGACUUAUAGAGCCCCACCCUAGCACCAGAACCCCUGAUCCAGGGGCCAUGAAUUUCACAAUUUUUAAAGAGGCAUCCUUGCUCAUUAUUACCAUGCUAUUAGUUUGUCUACUUAAUAUCCAGAGACAGAGAAGAAGAUUUUCAAAGAAUUUCUACAUUUUCACUAUAUGACCAAUAGAGCCCCACCCUAACAAAAGAACCCCUGCCCCAGGGGCCAUGAAUUUCACAAUUUUGGUAGAGGGCUCAACACUCAUUAUAAUUAUACUCACAGUUUGGCUUCUUGAUGUCCAGGAGUAAAGAAGAAGAUUUUUUAAAAUUACACUCAUUUUGAUGGUUUUUGACCCACCCCUCAGGCCCCAGGGGGGCAGGGACCACGAUUUUCACAAUUUUUGUUCCCCUCCACCCACUGAUUCUAUAUGCCAAAAUUGGUUGAAAUUGGUUCAGGGGUUUCAGAGAAGAAGCUAAAAAUGUUCAAAUGUUAACGCACGACGAACGACGACGGACAAAAACAGAUAGCAAUAGGUCACCUGAAUGAUUCAGGUGACCUAAAAAUGUGUAUGUUGCCACCUUUUUAAAGAUGUCAGACAUACAAAAACAGAAGUAUAUAUCAACAUAAAAAUCACAUAUUUUCGUUAAACAGAAUAAUGAAAAUUGAUUAAAACUUUUUGAAAUUACUUAUCUUAAACGUCAACAGUUCAAGAAAACUGCUAAUUCAUAGAUAUAUCAAAAUUAAUUGUGGAUAUUAGGGAAAUCAUUGUGUCAUUGACUGCAGUAGAGGAAAUUCCAGCAUAGGAGUUAUUGCCCUUGACAACAUUUUUAGAAUUAUAAAUAAUUGAUUAUCUAUGGAAAAUAAAAACCAGUGAACAAAAUUCCUCUGAGAGAUAUAUUUCUAUCAUGUCCAAAAUUUGAUUGAAUAAGCGUUUUUGCAAAAAGCUAUGACAUCACAUGAGGAUCGAUCGACCUUAAAAUCUUUUCUAAGGGUAUCAACCAAAAUAAAGUAAUACAAUUUGAAGGUAUUCGAUUAUAAUUCAAGUCUUUUUCAGUAUAUUUAUCUCUUCUUUUUUUUCAUUUGUGAAACAACAUACUGUCACAAUCGGGGGGGGGGGGGUACUUGCUUAAUAGUUUUAUUAAAGCUUACUAUUUCAAAUAUUAAGCAAGCACCUGUACGUUAGUACAUUCAUCCACCGUUUGAAAAUACAUAAUGUAUUAGGUAUUAAUAUGAAAUGGUGGAUUCUGGGGGUGACAUCCUGUUCUCUCUGUAAUUUCUGCUUCCCUUGUUCAUAAUAAGCCCUUUAUGUUAUAAAAUGCUGACCCCCUCAUAGCAUUGCUUAAAAUAUUUUCCAUUCCGUUCCGUUUUGCCUUCCGCGUAUUACCAACACCUAUAUUUCUCGGAGAGCGAGGUUGUGACAAAAUGUCGGUGCAAUAACGAUCUAUGAUGAUAAAAAGUCCAGGAAAUCAUUUGAUCUACUUUUAGCCCUAAAGUACGUCAUGGUGCGCCAAUUAAGUUGAAAUGUUAAUUGAUUAUGUAUUUCUCUUAAAGGGAAAUUGUGACUAAAUUUCAGAGCAAUACCUGUGACCAUACCAAAAAAAAUCUGGAAAACUGUUUGACCUACUUCUACCCCUAAAGUACUGUAGGUCAUAGUGCGCCAAUCCAGCUGAAAUGUUAACUGCACUUGUCUUCCGACGAGAGGAAGCCUUUGGCUAAAUAGCAGGCAAUAUCUGUAUUCGUAAUGAAAAAAAACACCCCAGAAAACUAUCUGACCUAUUUUUUAGUCCAAAAGUUAAGUAUACAUUACAUAUACAUCACAUUCUUUUAGAAUAUAGUGAUUUUACGCCCAUACGAAAUAGACUUUUUAAUAGUGUGCAAUCAAUGAAAGAACUUUUUACAAAUGUCGACAAUAUUUACAAGAAUGCGACUUUUACAGAAAAAUAUAAUACAACUGUUUAUAUACUCGAAUUGUUUUUGUUUUUUUAACCAGGUUAUGUAUUUUUAACUUUAAUGUCCGUCGGAUGGGACGUAAAAGGCUGUCCAGUGUCAAGGAUCACAACGCCCUUGGCACGCAAAGGAUCGUUUCCCUGAUGUUCGAAAAAGAGUCAAAUAGGUUUGCAAAGCGGAGCAUCAACUGGCACAUGUUGGUAUUCUUGUGGUAGGAAGCAGCAACUUUUUCUACAGUACACAUCUUUGAUUUACAAACUCCACAGGGUGCUGCAGUCACCGCCAACAUAUUAGUGGAUGUUGCCAAAAAUCUCUUGAAAUCCGUACCAUAUUUUUGAAACCCAUCCAUUUCUGUUAAGAUAAUGCAGGGUGUUAAAAAGGUUCAGUGGCCCUAGCACUGCUGAAUAAGGAGUUGUGUGAAAACAUUGUGUCCUACAACUUUUCAGAAUCACAGAAUGGAGAAGGACCCUGUGAUAGGCGUGCUGCCAACGUCAAGGGCAUAAUUAGGAGAUACAUCAACGAAGUUCAUGAUGUUACAACUGCAAUGCAGAUGAAACAGGCUGUGAUAGAGAAAAAAAGAAGGUGGAAUUGAAAGUUAAGGUUUUGACAUAUGUGAACAUGAUUGAUGUCCAGUCAUCAGAGGCUCCAUACUUCCAAUUUUUCAGUGAAGGCCUCGCAGUCUGGAAAGCAUAUUCCAUCGGAAGAGGAAUACUGCUACCAUGGAGUCAGGUUGGUCGUAUCAACAAGACCAUAGAAAUUCAAACUGUCUCGGACUGGAGCAUUGACCACGACACUAUGAACAAGACAUGUCAGCAAAUCUUAGAGUAUUUCAGUGCCCCCAGAACAGCAGCAUGUGUAUGUAUGUCUUCAUGCCAGAAAACAGUUGUUGCCAACAUUUUGAUACGAAAAUGUGAUAGUGAGAAUCUCGAUAUAUCUGACGGAGCUAAAAGAGUGUAUGCCAAAAAACUGGAGGAUCUGUACCCUAAGCGGGAGCUAAAAGAGUGUAUGCCAAAAAACUGGAGGAUCUGUACCCUAAGCGGGAAUAUAUUAUCCCAGUACCUGUUCCAGAAAAUGAACUAGCAGAAACUACCAUUAUGAUAAUAACAGGAUGGGCCAUUGAGAAAACGAAAUGCAGAAAAGCAUAAGGACUUUAUGAAGCAAAAAAUUUGACUUCGGGAAAAUGACAGGAAAUAAGAUAGAUCCUUGUGUUGCUGCAAAGGACAUGAGAGUGUUGUCUAUUUGUCGGAAAGAAUUCUUAUCCGAACAGCAGAUUGCGUCAUAUUUUAGUCGUCUCUGUGCCUUUCAGAAGAAGAUUAGCUCUGAUGACUACGUAUGUGCACAAUUAUAAUAUGAAAAAUGAUUGUGCUCUCAUCGUUUGAGAGGUUCUGUCCGUUUUGUAAUUUAGGUAUAUAUUUCAUCUAGAUAUGAUGAUGAGAUAUCCAUCAAAUUUUUAAGAAAAUGGACUUUCCCAAGCAUACCAAAUAACUUCAUUGAUAUAAUGUUAGGGAUGCCUUCUCAUGAUGUUGAAGUAAAAUUAAAAUACCAAUGUUUAAAUCA